CGAGCUCGGGUGACGCGACGCUCACGUGAUCGUCGGGGCGCAGAUGUGGGCACCAGUCUGGGAGCCCGCCCUCUUCCCCUGCGGUCGGAUCCGGAGCGGUCUGCAAGCUCCUAAUUGUUGCUCCAGGUUCUUUGAGGUCUGCGUGUCGGUUCUCAGCACUCUGGAAGGCUAGAAAAGGAGGAGGAAUCUGUUCAGAAUCCCUGCAGGACAGGAGAAGGAGAGGGAAAUCUCAACAUGGAAAAACUCUGCAGUGAAAAUGAUGGAAUGGCUGAGAACGAAGAAAAGAUGGAAUACAAAGAACAGUCACAAGAUGCAGGAAAGCCGGAAGUAGCCUGUACUAUGGAAAACAAGGAAAAGUUAGAAAAAGAGACAAUGACAGAAGAUGAGGAGAUACUAAAGGAUAAAGAAAAGCCAGAGAGUGUGACACAGCCAAAAGAUGGAAACCCGGAGAGCGAGGGAGAGCGGGAGAGUGAGGAAGAGCCGGAGAGCGAGAGCGAGGCAGAGCCGGAGAGCGAGGCAGAGCCGGAGAGCGAGGCAGUGCCAGUGAUGAAGGCAAUGCCGGUGAGCGAGGGAACGCCGGAGAGGGAGGCAGUGCCCGUGAUGGAGGCAGUGCCGGUGAUGGAGGCAAUGCCGGUGAGCGAGGGAAAGCCGGAGAGCGAGGCAGAGCCGGUGAUGGAGGCAAUGGCGGUGAGCGAGGGAAAGCCGGAGAGCGAGGCAGAGCCGGUGACGGAGGCAGUGGCGGAGAGCAAGGCAGAGCCGGUGACGGAAGCAAUGGCGGUGAGCGAGGGAAAGCCUGAGAGGGAGAGAAAGCCGGAGAGCGAGGGAAAGCCGGGGAGCGAGGCAAUGCCGGAGAGCGAGGCAAUGUGGGUGAUGGAGACAAUGCCGGUGAGCGAGGGAAAGCCAGAGAGCGAGGCAAUGCCCAUGAUGGAGGGAAAGCCAGAGAGCGAGGCAAUGCCCAUGAUGGAGGGAAAGCCAGAGAGCGAGGCAAUGCCCAUGAUGGAGGGAAAGCCAGAGAGCGAGGCAAUGCCCAUGAUGGAGGGAAAGCCAGAGAGCGAGGCAAUGCCCAUGAUGGAGGCAAUGCCGGUGAGCGAGGCAAUGCCCGUGAUGGAGGCAGUGCCCAUGAUGGAGGCAAUGCCGGUGAGCGAGGCAAUGCCGGAGAGGGAGAGAAAGCCAGAGAGUGAGGCAAUGCCCGUGAGCAAGGGAAAGCCGGAAAGCGAGGGAAAGCAAGUGAACGAGGGAAAGCCAGAAGAAGGAGGAAAAUCAGUAAGCAAGGGAAAGUCACAUGAAGAAGGAAAACCAGUGGGUGAGGGAAAGCCAAAAGAAGAAGGAAAACCAGUGGGUGAGGGAAAGCCAAAAGAAGAAGGAAAACCAGUGGGUGAGGGAAAGCCAAAAGAAGAAGGAAAACCAGUGGGUGAGGGAAAGCCAAAAGAAGAAGGAAAACCAGUGGGUGAGGGAAAGCCAAAAGAAGAAGGAAAACCGGUGAAUGAGGGAAAACCAAAAGAAGGAAAAUCAGUGAGUGAGGGAAAGCCCAAAGAAGAAGGAAAACCAGUGAAUGAGGGAAAGCCAGUGAAUGAGGAGAAGCCAAAAGAAGAAAAGCCAGCCAUGGAACCAAGGGUUGCAGGAAAGCGCCCAGCUGGGGAUGAUGUACCCAGGAAGGCUAAAAGAAAAACCAACAAGGGGCUGGCUCAGUGUCUCAAGGAAUAUAAGGAGGCCAUACACGAUAUGCAUUUGAGCAAUGAGGAGAUGAUAAGAGAAUUUGACGAGAUGGCCCGGGUAGAGGAUGAGGUGAAGAAAACCAGACAGAAAUUGGGGGGGUUUAUGUGGAUGCAAAAAAGUUUACAGGACCCCUUUCACCCGAGGGGCCCAAGGGAACUCAGGGGUGGAUGCAGGGCCCCACAGAGGGGCUUUGAAGACAUUCCUUUUGUGUAGUGCCCCUGGCAGGCAUUUGCCUAGGCCUUGUGCUUUAACCUUAUACUAAUACUUGCUUUAGCUAUCACUCUUGUACCUAACUGCAGCCUUCAAUGUUUCAGUAGCAGAUUUUUGUCCAUUGCAUGGAAAAAUGUUUAUGGCAUAUUGUAAAAUUAAAAAGAAAAAAGUUUGUUGAACCAUA